CCCCGGGUCCCCGGGCGACGGCGGAGGAGGGGGCGCCGCAAGAUGGCGGACCUGUCGCUGCUGCAGGAGGACCUGCCGGAGGACGCGGACGGAUUUGGUCUGGAUGACUGCAGCUCAGAGUCUGAUGUGAUUGUUGCACCUUCAGCCCUGGACUUCAUCUCGCAAGAUGACAUGCUGACGCCGCUGGGGAGACUGGACAAGUAUGCUGCGAGUGAGAACGUAUUUAACAGACAGAUGGUGGCCCGGAGUCUGCUGGACACGCUGAGGGAAGUGUGCGAUGAUGAGAGAGAGUGCGUUGCUGUUCUGGAAAGAAUCAGCAGAUUAGCUGAUGACUCAGAGCCGACCGUGAGGGCAGAGCUGAUGGAGCAGGUGCCUCACAUUGCCUUGUUCUGCCAAGAAAACCGGCCAGCAAUCCCGUACGCCUUUUCAAAGUACUUGCUGCCCAUUGUGGUUCGAUAUCUCGCAGAUCAGAAUAACCAGGUAAGAAAAACGAGCCAGGCAGCUUUGCUGGCCCUGCUGGAGCAGGAGCUGAUCGAGCGCUUUGAUGUGGAGACCAAGGUGUGCCCCGUCCUCGUGGAGCUGACAGCCCCCGACAGCAACGACGACGUGAAGACGGAGGCUGUGGCUAUAAUGUGCAAAAUGGCCCCCAUGGUUGGCAAGGACAUCACGGAGCGUUUGAUCCUCCCUCGGUUUUGUGAGAUGUGCUGUGACUGCAGAAUGUUUCAUGUUCGAAAGGUCUGUGCCGCCAAUUUUGGAGACAUUUGCAGCGUCGUCGGCCAGCAAGCUACUGAGGAGAUGUUGCUGCCCAGGUUUUUCCAGCUCUGCUCAGACAACGUGUGGGGCGUCCGCAAGGCCUGCGCGGAGUGCUUCAUGGCCGUUUCAUGUGCCACAUGUCAAGAGAUUCGACGGACUAAACUAUCAGCACUCUUCAUUAAUUUGAUCAGUGAUCCUUCACGUUGGGUUCGGCAAGCAGCUUUCCAGUCUCUAGGACCUUUCAUAUCUACGUUCGCUAAUCCAUCCAGCUCGGGCCAGUAUUUUAAAGAAGAAAACAAAAGCUCAGAAGAUACAUCAGUAGAAGACAAAAAUAGCAGUGAAAGGACCAGGGGUGCAGAUGCUCCAGAGGACAUGGAGGCCAGGCCCACUGGGGGCGAUUCCAGCGUCCACCUGGAAGAGGCGCUGGCGGACGGUGCCGAGACCCCGAGGCAGCCGCCGGGCGAACUGAGCGCUCCUGCGGAGAGCUCCUCACCUCACCGGUCUUUCUCGGAGCCUCCCCCAGACGCGGCUGGCAGCGAGGAGGAGCAAGAGGCCUGCGCCUGCAGGUUAGCAUGCCAGCCAGAGGCCGGCACCGGUGCACAGGACUCAGCUCCCUUGGACCAGGAGCUGUACAACUCCUUCCACUUCUGGAGGACUCCUCUCCCCGAGAUAGACCUGGACGUGGAGCUGGAGCAGGGCUCCGGGAGCGAGCCCAGCCCACAGGGGCUGGAUGUGGAGCCCGAAGUGCCCGCCCCCGGCCCCACCAGCAUCACCAUGGCCACCAGGAAGGAGCUGGAGGAGAUGAUAGAAAACCUGGAGCCACACAUUGACGACCCCGAUGUGAAAGCACAGGUGGAUGUCUUGGCUGCUGCUCUGCGCGCCUCCAGCCUGGACGCUGGCGACGAGGCCGGCGAGGCCGCCCGGAGGGCCCCCCAGGACGAGCUCCCCAGCUGCCGGCUCGACCAUGACGCCACUGGGCCUUUGAUCAGUGAGGAGACCGUGGACUCUGCCCUGCACUCCAUGCACAAUGGCUCAGACGCGGGCCCCGGCAGUGGCUUCAGCCCUGAAGAGGAAAGGAGAGCUAAAGUCCAGGACGUGGUGCCCCAGGCCCUGCUUGACCAGUACCUGUCCAUGACGGACCCCUCGCGGGCGCAGACCGUGGACACCGAGAUCGCCAAGCACUGCGCCUACAGCCUGCCGGGCGUGGCGCUGACGCUCGGCCGCCAGAACUGGCACUGCCUGCGUGAGACCUACGAGACGCUGGCCUCGGACAUGCAGUGGAAGGUUCGAAGAACGUUAGCCUUCUCCAUCCAUGAGCUCGCCGUCAUCCUGGGAGACCAGCUCACAGCUGCAGACCUGGUCCCAAUUUUUAAUGGAUUUUUAAAAGACCUCGAUGAAGUCAGGAUAGGUGUCCUGAAGCACUUGCACGACUUUCUGAAGCUUCUUCACAUCGACAAGAGAAGAGAGUACCUGUAUCAGCUUCAGGAGUUCUUGGUGACUGACAACAGCAGGAACUGGCGCUUCCGAGCCGAGCUGGCCGAGCAGCUCAUCUUGCUCCUAGAGCUGUACAGCCCCCGGGAUGUGUACGACUACCUGCGCCCCAUCGCCCUGAACCUCUGUGCGGACAAGGUGUCCUCCGUGCGCUGGAUCUCCUACAAGCUGGUCAGCGAGAUGGUGCGCAAGCUGCACCGGGCAGCGCCACCCACCUUUGGUGCAGACCUCAUCCAGGAGCUGGUGGAGAGCUUCGGCCGCUGUCCGCGGUGGUCCGGGCGGCAGGCCUUCGUCUUCGUCUGCCAGACCGUCAUCGAGGAUGACUGCCUGCCCAUGGACCAGUUCGCCGUGCAGCUGAUGCCACACCUGCUCACCUUGGCAAACGACAGGGUUCCCAACGUGCGCGUGCUGCUUGCGAAGACACUGAGACAAACUCUGCUGGAGAAAGAGCACUUCCUGACCUCCGCCAGCUGUCACCAGGAAGCCGUGGAGCAGACCAUCAUGGCCCUGCAGAUGGACCGCGACAGUGACGUCAAGUACUUCGCCAGCACCCACCCGGCCAGCACCAGGAUCUCUGAAGACGCCCUGAGCACAGCCUCUUCCACCUACUAGUUGGCGUGGUCCCGGGGGCCUCCCGCUCCCAGGGAGCCGAGGUCCCACUGGCGCCCACGCGUGGCCAGGACAGCCUUGGGGCCCGUCCUCCCGAGACACUCGGCUGCAGGUGCAAGUUGCCUACACCAAUUCCAGGGAUUCUCAGAGUCAAGAGAAAGUGCAGUCAACGCCGUUGUCUCGUCUUGACUUGAAGGGAAAACACUUUUCUCAGAGGAUUAUAAUUGUCACCGAAGCCUUAAAUCCUUCCGUCUUCCUGACUGAACGAAACUUGAAUCGCCCAGCGUUCUCCUCGGAAGGGAUGCGACGCCGAGGCCUCUUUGCUUCCCGCUGGUUGAUUUCACCACCGCGAGACGGAAGCGCAGCCAGAAGGUGGAGACCGCCAUCCGGGCUGGGCCGAGACCGCCAGCACCAGGCCUCGCCGUGUCCACGCGGGCAGGGUCCUGCGGGGGCUGCGGCCGCCGCCCCGUCCAGCCCAGAGUAUGACUAGUUUAGCCGUGCAUCAACGGGGAGGAGAUAUUUUUUGGAUUUCUCCUGAGGGCUCAAUGCUAACACUACGUGGAGCUGAUUGUGACUCUUAAAUGCAGCAUAUUGCUGUGCACGCUCACAGAGUCUGCCGAGCAUCCGUGUCCUGGUUUCUUCAUGCUGGUCAUGACCCGGAGGAGAUUUAUUAGCACGUAUUCUGUGUGUCAGGUGUUUUUAACUUGAUCAUGAUCGGCUCUGAGGUGCAACUUGUCUCACAUACUGUAUACCACCGUGCCCCCGGGGAGGGCCGCAGUCUGUAAUCAUGCUCUUGGACUGUUGUGCACAAGUUCUCUUGUCCAAAUAAAAUUUAUUACUAAGAUCUAUACAGAGAUGGACACACUUCUGACUGCUUUCUAGAAUAAAUGCAAUUUGUGACCUGUAUUAAUGAUUUUAGUAUAAAAUGGGAAA